AUGGGGGCGGCGGAAGGUGCGCUCGGCGUCGAGGAGGCCGCCGGCGGGGGCUCCCCUCCGCCUCGCCUCGCCACGCUCGCGCUGGCCCGCGCUGGGAGCGGGACCGGCCGCAGGGGCGCCCCCGGCAUCCGCCGCGAGGCAUUCGAGGAGCUCGUCGCCGACGGCCACGUGGCGGCGGCGGCUGCAUGCUUCCCGCGCCGGGCGCAGACGGAGGUGAGGCUCUCGAUCUUUUUCCCUCCCAAGGUGAAUAGCAUUUCUGUUCCGGGUCGUGGGCACUUGGCAUGCUUGUCCGAAUGGGGCUGCCCGUUAUUCCAUCAAUCAAUUUUUCACAGCAACCCUUUGAACAUCGUGGACUUGGGUGUGGGUGUGAUGGGCUGUAGAGGGUUUCACUCGAGCUUUCAAGCCGCACAGAGUGGACUUUCUCUAAAUACUGAUAUUUUCAUAACAAAUACUGUGAAGCCUGAUUUUCCACUUGCCAACCAGAUGGUUGGUAACCUGAACAAAACUCAUUGGGCUAAGGCCGAGAAUGAAGUGAAUAAUUCAAGGAUAAAAACAAGCCCAGCAAAUGCAGAAUACAAGAUGGUCUGUUUGAGUGAAAGGAACUGUUCUGAACAAAUGUUUUCCCUGAAGCAAUUAGAAAUACCAGUUUAUGCUUACUUUGUGAAGAACCGUGGCAUGGAGCUGAGAUACUCUGGUGAUUUCCCUUGUAUUAAUGUGGGGAAACCAAAGCGGCCAGCAUAUCUUCCUAUUGAGCUCUGCUCGCUUGCGCCUUUGCAAUCUUUGACUACCUUAGAAAGAUCACCAUUUGUCGAGAAGUCCAGGCAGAUACUUCUAAAAAGGAUGUCAGUUUUGUCUGAUGUAAUGAGAUGCAGCAGCUACGGUACAGAAUCUAUGCUGAGCGCAUGUAGAAUUCCAAUAUUCCAAGGCUUUACGCAAGUGGCUGGUAGGAUACUGCAGCCCCCCAAGGUCUACAGUUGGAUCAAUCAAAAUCAUUCAUUGAAGGAGGGUAUCAUAUUGAUAAUGACCUGGUGUUUCUACCACAAGAAUAUCCUAGGAGCUCACCAUGGUCUCAUUUCUACUUAUGCAUUGGCAACCCUGGUUCUGUAUAUUUUUGAUGUGGUCAACAGUUGUUUUACUAGGCCAGAGGUGUUGCACAUAUUCAUGGAGUUUUUCAGCAAGUUUGAUUGCGAGAUAAAAAAGUCUAGCUUGUGGGAACCAGUUUCUACCAGUUACCUUCCAAAUGUGACUGGUAAUCUAUGUCUCCUUGGCCUACUCUUAUUUGAGUGUUAGUUAGAUUGGUAGUGAGCAAGUCCUUCUUGGAUAAAAUGCAGCUAUGUAUAUGCAAUUAUACCUCAUAUCCGGGAUAUCCAGGGUGAGUCAACAAUUUGUUCCGAAGCACCUACAUGUGGUAGAUCGUUUACUAACAAGCAUUAACUGCGUUUUGCCCCAGCCUAGUGCCUAUCUUACCUAAGGCACGGCU